GCAGACGAAAAAGAAAGCUCUUCUUCUUGUUUCCGGAACCAAAAAAUAAUGGCAGAAAAUGGCCAAAAAGGAAGAACAAAAAGGGGGAAAUUGCAGGGAGCGAAGCUGAAGCAGAAGAUGGACACGAGGAGCGCAAGCGAGAAACAACAGCGAUCCCAACGCCAACCGUAAAGAAAAUCAUCCUGCGGAUUUCAGAACCAAUUUCUGGAGAGAGAGAGAGAGAGAGAGAGAGAGAGAACUAAACCGUAGCGUGUGGUAGAUAGAGCCGAAGGUGCUCGGGCAGGGGAUGAUUACGAUGAAAUUGCCGCCCUUCUUCGCCAUCUUACUGUGUACAUCGCCGUUUUGGGGCAAUGCGCCGGUGACGGAGGCGAUAUGGUUGAAUCUCCCGCCGUCGGGGACGAAAUGCGUCUCCGAGGAACUCCACAACAACGUCGUCGUUCUCGCCGACUACGUCGUCGUUUCCGAUGAUCAUUCUAGCGCCCCCACCAUCUCCGUCAAGGUGUCAUCUCCAUAUGGGAACAACCUCCAUCACAAGGAGAAUGCUACCCAUGGUCAAUUUGCAUUUACGACUCAGGAGGCUGGCAAUUAUCUUGCAUGUUUCUGGGCAGAUGCGCAUAGUCCAAGUAAGGCAGAUGUGAGUGUUAACCUUGACUGGAAAACAGGAAUUGCAGCAAAGGAUUGGGAAACAGUUGCCAGAAAGGAGAAAAUUGAGGGUGUCGAACUGGAGUUGAAGAAACUCGAAGGAGCAGUGGAAGCUAUCCAUGAGAACUUACUUUAUCUCAAGAGCAGGGAAUCGGAGAUGAGGAUUGUGAGUGAGAAAACGAACUCUAGAGUAGCUUGGUUCAGUAUUAUGUCAUUGGGUGUCUGCAUCAGUGUUUCGGUUCUCCAACUUUGGCACCUGAAGCGAUUCUUCCAGAAAAAGAAGCUCAUCUAAACCUCUUUUACAGGUUAGAGUGCCUAAGCUUGUUGGGUAAAAGGCGGAAAAGAAAGUUUUGAAAGGCUUCCAAAGUCUAUUUUCCCCAAAUGUUGCCAAACAAAUUUUGCAAAGUUCAUCGUAGCUAGAGACUUGUUUCCGCUUGAUUGAGCUAACCUUAACUAAUCCCUUAUCGAUACACAAAUCUAUGCACAUCAAUUAUUACUCACCAGGGUUUGGUUAUUUGCGGGUGGAUCGAUAUUGUAUCGUGAAUUAACCACCCAUGUAUCAUCCCAACAUAAGAGUGGUAUCAAUCAACAUGGUUUUUCCAUUGAGCUAAUUUUGGAUUUUAAUGAAAAUGAAAACCCUCCUCAAAUGCAAUUUUGGAACUCUCUUCGCUAGAUAGUAGAACACAUCCCAUCUUCUUUACUCGUGAAAUGUACACCAUCAUGUGGCAGAAGGAUACACCCUAGUUUUUGCACCACACUUUGAGAAACCAAGUUUUUACACUGUCAUGUAAAACUUGAACAUCUUUUGUGUCAUAUACCAGAGACAGCGAGUAUUUAACAUGUGCUUUUGCAAAAUUCACACAUCUGAGAUAAGGAAAUCUGCAAUUCGGAAGGGGGGUUUACCUAGCCAUCACUGAUGAGAGGUAUGCUUGAUAGCCAGAUCAUCAUUUUCUCUGACGACUGCUAAAUGAGAUUAUGUAUUCAGCACGAGCAUCAUACAUUCUUUAAUCUCUUUUAUAGAUGUCAACGGUUCGUGGAAGGAUAGUGCGUAUCCGUUACCAUGCUCUAACUAUUACAUAAUGUAUUUAUAUCCGUACAUUGAUACACGUACAAUAUUGGGGUAGUAAGUUAGAAUCAUACUCAUACACAUAAUAGUUUUUCUUUAUUGUUUCAUCUAUUAUGCUACUAUAUACAAUUAUAUCGCAUUAUACAAGUGAAAACGUACAAUUUUAUAAGCCAUCAAUCUUAAGAGAAAUCCAUUAUAAAAAAUCAAUCUUAAAGAGAAAUAAUAAAAAGAGUAACGGCUCAUUGAAAUUUUGAAAUGUUAUAUAUAUGUAUUACAAAUGCUAAAUAAAUUAAGGGAUAAAAA